AUGUUUCCGACAUCAUUAGUUCAAUAUGGUAGUCCUCAGAAGGCUAUGCAUCAUUCUACGAAAGUAGAUAUUGAAACGAAGAGACAAAAAGGAGCAAAAAUUGUUCCAGUUUACGCAGAUGAACAAAUAACAAUGGGUAGCACGGAAUUGUUGGAUGUCCUCCUGCCGCCUCGAGCCGUUGAAGAAGACGGUCAGUUUUGGUAUCAGUGCGUCAGCCGAACCCCUGGAACUCCCAGUGACCUGUUGCGUCUCCAAGAGCAACUGGACGCAGAACUGCUGCGCAAAGGAGCUAGAGAAAUUGGAAUUUGUCCCACAAGAAGUGAACUUUAUACACAGUGUUUUGAGGAGUUGAUUCGGCAAGAAGUGGUUGCUUGUCCCGAGCGGGGCCGACUCCUGAGGAUGGUUCAGCUGGAAGCGAAGCUGUCACUUUCAUCUGCAAGAAGCUGUUACGAAAGUGCUUUGGCAUACGGAAUCAAAAAGAAACUGAUGUCCAGCAAAGAAGUGUCUCGCCUCACGGAGGAAGUGACAAAGCUUCUAUCGAAAUUGUCCCAGAUGGAGACUGUUCAACAAAAUCUCGAACUUCAAGUGCCGAAAUUGAAAGAUGUUGGUGAGGCGCGCGAAAAAGAGAUACAGCAGAAUUUUGAAAAUGAGGAAGCAAAAAUCCGGAAGGAAAAUGAAGUUUUAGUAGCAGAAAUGAUGGAGUUUAUAGAGGUCAGCAUAGAGGAAGAAAAGCAGUUAUAA